AUGUCCAAGGCUUCUUCAUCGUGCUGGCUGUUCUUUGCCCUGAUGGUGCUGGCGGUUUCGGCGAAAUCCAAGAUCAAAAGGAUCAAAACGCAUGUGGUCAAUGAUUGCCCAUUGAAACCAGCGACUUCAUCGAAAUUCUGCGAGGAGAACAUUUGCAUUGAAGACAUUCGCAACAUCUCGAUCAUCCUUGAGAACUCGCUGCAAAAAUACGUCAAUCGCAUCAAGACGAUCAUGAGGACCACGGCGAAAUUGACGGAAAAGGUCGCCAAGAUCGCACCCGACAUGCUGAUGAUGGGAUUCGGCGGCGGCGUUCAGAAGUACAUCGAUCGGACCGCUGAGAAGCUGUCGAGCACAAUUGGCAGCCUUCUCGAGGACAUGCUCAGCAUCACCGGCGAUUUCACCGAGUUCAGUCAGCUGGUGAUCGAGGCGGCCGGCGAGGCGGUGAAUCAGACGAAGCCGAUUGUCGAUAAGACGCUUUGA